UGGGGAGACAGAGAGAUGAGCCUCCAGUGGUCACCCCGGGAAGGAGACCGCAACAUCCCUCCUACUUGCAGGGGGAGCCCAAGUAGAGAUGCCUCCAUCACCCAUCCCGAAGUGAACCCCCACCUGCAGCGCCUCCAGGGAAGAAACCUGAAGCUCCUCAUCAGGGAUGUACCCCACCUUCAGCAUCUAACAGGAGAGGAAUCCGCAGCUCCCCACCCACCUCCAAGACCAGCUCGGCCCGGGGGAGGAGCCCUUGAGUCCAGGAAGUAGCUUCCGGUCCCCUCCGGGGAGGAGCCAGCGGAACCCCAGCUACCGGGCUACGGACCCCGUGCGCUCCAAUGGCUGAACUCGUCCUCCCCGCCCUGGUCUGGAAGGCGCAGGUGGAUGGUGACUCCUGCUGCGACUGCUGGGAGCGUACAUCUUCCCGGGACCCACCUGGGGCUGCGUCAGCCUCCUCCCUGCCCUCUGUAGCCCACACGUGCACGUAGUUAACACUUGUUUUCACAGAAAAAUUAAGCAGUGUCUCUUCUGGACAUGCGCAGCCUGGUUGUAAGUUUGUUUUUGUUGAUCACGUUGCCUUCCGACUCCCUGAGCCCUCGUGACCCUCAUGUGUUCCCUCCCCCUUCGGAAGGGUUAGGAAACGCUGUGGCCUAAGACUUUCUCCUGGCUCCUGGAGAAAAGGGACCACGUCCUGCGCAGCCUGGCCACCUCACCCUAGCGACGAAGCCCAAGGUCUCACACAGCUGUGCUGGUUCACCCCACCUCCCCUGGAGACAUGUAGCCUUGAAGAUGGCUAGUGGUAUCCUUUCUUUAAGCAUUGGACAGCCACGCUAGGACUGCAUGUGGCCUUGCUCUUGGUGUGACAUAUCCUGUCACAAUGGACUGGGGGCUGUGAAGAAUGUCUGAAAAGGAUGGACCUGAUGACCCCACGCAGGAUCAGAAGAACUCUUUUGACUUAUGUGCAUGGAAAAAAAUUAUUCCUUCGGUUUGAUCCAGAUGAGGAGAUGGAGCCACUCAACAGCAGCCCACAGCCUAUACAGGGAAUGUGGCAGAAAGAGGCUGUGGACCGAGAGCUGGCCUUGGGUCCCAGUGCUCAGGAACCCUCUGCAGGUCCCUCUGGAUCUGGGGAGCCUGUUCCCAGUAGAUCUGCUGAAACAUAUAAUCUUGGGAAGAUCCCCUCAGCAGAUGCCCAGAGGUGGCUGGAGGUCAGGUUUGGUUUAUUUGGCAGUAUCUGGGUGAAUGACUUCUCCAGAGCAAAGAAAGCUAACAAAAAAGGUGACUGGAGAGACCCAGUGCCCAGGCUGGUACUCCAUUUUAGUGGUGGUGGCUUCCUGGUAUUUUAUAACUGCCAGAUGUCAUGGAGCCCUCCCCCAGUGAUUGAGCCCACCUGUGACAUAUUGUCUGAAAAGUUCCAUCGAGGACAAGCCUUGGAAGCUCUAAGCCAGGCUCAGCCUGUGUGCUACACACUCUUGGACCAGAGAUACUUCUCAGGAUUAGGGAACAUCAUAAAGAAUGAAGCCUUGUACAGAGCAAGGAUCCAUCCCCUCUCUCUCGGUUCAUGCCUGAGUUCUUCCUCUCGGGAGGCCCUCGUGGAUCACGUGGUGGAGUUCAGUAAGGACUGGCUUCGGGACAAAUUCCAAGGCAAGGAACGGCACACACAGAUCUACCAGAAGGAACAAUGUCCUUCUGGUCACCAGGUCAUGAAGGAGACAUUUGGGCCCCCAGAUGGGCUCCAGAGGCUCACCUGGUGGUGCCCUCAAUGCCAGCCCCAGCUGUCCUCCAAGGGGCCCCAGAAUCUCCCGUCCUCCUAAAACAUGUGGCCUUUGCCGUGGGGCUUGUAGCCUUGGAGAUCCAGGUGCUGUGUGUCCUGAAAGAAGGGUGUAGGCAGGGAUAGCAUUACAGAUCAGGGUAAGGAAGUUCAGGAGAGUCAGUAUUGCUGACAUUCAUCCGUAGGAUUAUGCCUCAACUGCAGCUUUCAUAGUGGUUGAUAGGUGCUUUCCUUUUCUAGUUAAUUCUAUGUAAUCCCACCAUGCUGUCAAAACCCUGACAGUGGACUGGGGAAAAACUGCCCGGAGCAGCCGUGAGUCUGAAAAGAGCAUGACUGGUGGUGUGCAGCUUCUGGGGGGGGGGGGGAACAGCUGGAGGAGACAGCUGGGGGUGGGGCCAGCAGAGUGAACAGCUGGAGGAGACAGCUGGGGGUGGGGUGGGGGUGGGGCCAGCAGAGUGAACAGCUGGGGGAUACUAUAAUCCCAGGCUAGGUUGCUUAUGCAGUGUUUUGAGAACUGGUUGAUUUUGAGGCCCUCUAAUUUCUUUCUUCUUUUAUAUAGAGGGAUCAAGGAUGAGGGCAAAGCUUCAGGAAGGUAGUGCUAAUCAGCCUACCUGGUGCCCUCCCAGUGGCUGGAGACCCCAGGAUGGACAGGGAGGUGUGUCCAGGGUCUGAGAAAAGCUGGCUAUUAUUUUACCCCUCAAGUUGGGCAUUUGUUGACUGUUGAUGUUUGAAGAAUUUGCGUGUCUGGGGAUGUAAAGAAGCAAUCUUUCAGGUUGUUAGUAACAGCUUUAUGGAACUGGAGUAGCAAAUGAAAAUAAAACGGUGUGGUAUUUUCUGUGGUCUUCGUUAGGCAAA